AUGUCAAAAGUUACUGAGUUAUAUGGAGGUGCAAUCACUACGGUGAUUCCUGGUGGGUUUCUUGAUGCAUCGUUGGUACGUGAAAUACCUGAUACUCAAGAAGUGUUUGUGAAUAGUAGGAAACCAGGUGAAGAUAAGGAUUUUAAUGAUGGCUUAGCAUUCAAUGAAAGCAUUAUCGUGGAUCUUUUACAAAGGGUAGAUGCUGCUUCUGAUAAGGAUGCGCUAGAUUUACAUAUCAAAGAAAUUGCUUCGUUAAAUCAAUCCGAUGAAUUGCGUAUUGCCAAGUACGAGUCUCUAACGGACACUAUCCAAAGUUGUAUAUGUGUAGAAGAUGCAUACAAAUGGGGGAAACUUACUGAGAAGGAAACUGUGGCUGUUUGUACUGCGUUGAUUAGACUAGGCAAUAUCGAGACAGAUGUCGUGCUCACAAUAAACGUUCCUGUAACGAAAGACCAACCUGAAGAAUUUGAAGUUUUAGAGAAAGGUGAAUUACCUGACAGGGUUCUUGCUGCGUAUAAAUUAGUUAAAGAGAUGGCCACACAGUUUAAGAUUAUCGAUGAUUCAUUGUUUGUUUAG